CCUGCACUCAGGCUCCGUGAAGCGGCAUCAAUGUAUUUCACCCUGCUCGCCGUCUUCCUGGUCAUCUUGGUGGUUGCCCUCCAAGGCACUGAGCCAAGGGAGGACUUCCCGUAUCGAGUGCCCCUGGACCCUCAAGGCCUCCUGGAGCUAUCCUGGAACGUCAGCUAUCGUCUGGAAGAGGUGCAUUUCCAGAUCGUGGCCAAGGAGCUGAGAUACGGGUUUCUCUUUGGCAUGUCGGAGCGAGGAGGCUUUCAGGAGGCAGAUCUAGCUGUCCUGUGGAGUGACGGGCUCCAGUUCUAUUUCGCGGAUGCCUGGAGCGAUCAAGACGCACAGCUGCACAUGGAUCCCCAGCAGAACUACAAGCUCCUGGGGGCGCGAAGAACGGCCGGAGGUCUCUCCCUCCUCUUUAAGAGGCCUUUUGUCACCUGUGACCCAAAGGAUUAUCUUAUCGAGGAUGGAACUGUGCAUCUUAUUUAUGGCAUUUUGGAGAAGCCAACUCCAUCCCUUCAAGCCAUCAAUGUUUCUGCUCUCCUCCGGAAGGGACUGCAGUGGGUGCAACUACUGAAACCUAAGAUCAGGGUUCCCCAACUGCCUGGGGAUCUGAAGACCAUGGAGAUCCGAGUCCCUGAUGUGACCAUACCCCACAAGGAGACCACAUACUGGUGCUACAUGACUGAACUUCCAGAUGGCUUUGAAAAGCAUCAUAUUAUCAUGUAUGAACCGGUGAUCACGGGAGGCAAUGAAGCACUGGUCCAUCACAUGGAGGUCUUCCAGUGCGUCGCCGAGUUCCAGGCCUUCCCUCAUUAUAGCGGCCCAUGUGAUUCCAAGAUGAAGCCGCAGCGCUUGAAUUAUUGCCGACACGUCUUGGCUGCCUGGGCGAUGGGUGCGCAGGCCUUUUACUACCCUGAAGAUGCAGGGCUAGCCUUUGGAGGUCCCGGCUCCUCCAAAUAUUUGCGCCUGGAAGUUCACUACCAUAAUCCCCUGGAGCUUCAAGGCCGCCAAGACUCCUCGGGGAUCCGGCUCCAUUACACGGCCUCCCUCCGGCGGUAUGAUGCUGGGAUCAUGGAACUGGGCCUGGUCUACACGCCGGUGAUGGCGAUUCCCCCUGGCGAGAGCCACUUCUCCCUCACGGGAUACUGCACGGACAAAUGCACUCAACUGGCUUUGCCACCUACUGGGAUUCACAUCUUUGCUUCUCAGCUCCACACGCACCUGGCCGGAAGGAGUGUGGUGACCACGCUGUCCCGGGAAGGGAGAGAGUGGGAAAUUGUCAACAGGGACAGGCACUACAGCCCCCACUUCCAGGAGAUCCGCAUGCUGAAAGAAGUCGUGUCCGUCUACCCGGGUGAUGUGCUGAGGACCACCUGCAUGUACAACACAGAAGACAGGAAUGAGGCAACGGUGGGUGGUUUUGGAAUCAUGGAAGAGAUGUGUGUGAACUACGUGCAUUACUAUCCCCAAACAGAACUGGAGCUGUGUAAAAGUGCUGUCGACUGGGGGUACCUGCACCGCUAUUUUAAGCUGCUCAACAGAUUCAACGAUGAAGACAUCUGCACAUGUCCAGACACCUCAGUCGCAAAGCAGUUUUCUUCUGUUCCUUGGAACUCUUUCAGUAGAGAAGUCCUGAAAGCCCUGUACGACUUUGCUCCAAUUUCUAUGCAUUGCAAUAAAUCCUCGGCUGUCCGUUUUCCGGGUGAAUGGGAAAAGCAGCCCCUGCCGAAGAUCACCAGCGCGCUGCCCUCGCCAGCCCCUUCUCACUGCGAAGACGGGCGCCCCAUGGCCCCCACCCCCAUCAAGCUAGCAAAGGCUCAAUGAGAUUGAGGCUCCCCUGGGGGGCAGCUUCCAUCAA